AUGAAUCAAAACCAACCAAAGUUAUAUGAACUGUGGAGGAAAAAUGCGGCUUCAUCUGAUCGUGACUAUGAACAUAUUCCAGUUGUAUUUGAUAGUCAUAUCAAUGUUUCAACUUCAAACAUCUCUUCAACAUCAGCAACAACAAUUACAACUGUUCCAGUUCCAUUAACACCAACGUCAUUAUCAUCGUUAAGUACUUCAUCUCCGAAACAAGUAUAUUCAUCAUCAUCAAAAAUAUCAUGUUCAUCGACAAUGCCUGUGCCAUCAUCAUUCUCAACGGUCUCAUCUUUACCAAUUGUAAUUUUAUCUUUACCAUCAUCUACAUUACCACGACCUAUAUCCGGAUCUUCAGCAUCAACAAUCUCAUGUUCGCAUAACAAAACUUCUUCAUUAUCAUCAUCUAUUGAAGUUGAAGUAUCAGUGUCCGUAACUAACGCCGUCGACAAACAUUCAACAGCAAGAAUCUCAACACAUCGAUCCAAUCACCGUACUCAAUACUUAUCUAAAUGGGAAACACAACCUGAAGCACAAUAUCUUACACACGUUCUGAACAAUUAUGGUGUAAUAGAAGAAAAAUUCGUUUGCUGGUUGUAUUUGGAAAACAAUUCAAUGUUUUGCCGUUUAUGUCAGCGGCAUGGAAUGAAAAUAAAUUCGAAUAAAAAAGACAAUGUUUGGUGCACAACUGGCAUGACAACGUUAUCAUAUGACAAAAUAGAACAUCAUAAAAAUGAGAGCAUUGUACAUAAAGAAGCUGACAAGCAAGAGUUACUUCUAUCGUCUCAAGCUCAACCAAAUUGGCAUAUAACAUAA